AUGGACCCACCCCUGCAAGCUAUCCGCUUAGACUUGCCCUCGUGGCUAGCGGGCCUCGAUGAGGACCAUCCGACCGCAUUCAAGGACCACGUCAGAGAGCUACGCGAUGCUCGUGCUCGUUCGAACGGAUACUCCAGUCUGGCCGAAGGCUACGAGCUCUUGCGCUCCUUCGAGUUCAAAAUCCCGGACACGGCACAUGAAGAUGGUCUUCCUCGUCGCCAGCUCCCGGCGAGCGUGACAGCAAUCGGCCCCCACACUCUCCGUCUCGUAUCCCGCCUUAGUAGCGGCCACGGCUUGCAUACACCUGGGGACACUUGUCCUUCCCAAGUCUGGACCGUGCGCACCGACUCAACCCGGGACGACGAGUUACUGGUCGCGAAGAUAUAUUGCCCGUCUUUCGCCAUACCCAGAACCAGUCAUAUACCAGGCAUCUACGAGUACAUCACGCCUACCCAGCAUGCCAGGGUUGAAGAGGCGGCGUACAAGGCUUUGUCUUCUGUGCAGGGCCGAUGGGUUCCGUACUUCUUAGGUCGGUUUCAGACAGCGCUUCCGCAUGGCGAGCCAGCGGAAGUCAAUCUACUGGAGUAUGUACCGGGCCAGUUACUUUCUGAAUGGCGGAACGCUCGAUGCGCCGACCCGCUUCAUACGAUAGGUACUCUUGAGUUCAAAGCGCUUCGCCAAGACCACAUAGAUCUGUUCACCGGUCUCUCCACCCAGAUCGCAGAGAUGCACGCUCUCGGGAUCAGACACUGCAACCUACACGGAUCCCACAUCAUCCUCCCACAACCAGACCGACUAUCCGGCGGCUUCGUCUUUAUCGAUUUUGCAUACGCUCGCGCUUGGAAGCCGCCCACGGAGAGGAGCAAUGUAGGUGUUGUUGACUAUCGCAAGGCGGCGGCGGCUUUUCGGUGCUGCGACGCACCUUGA